AUGACAACCAACGGCACCAAGAGGAGAAAGUUGGCGCACGACGCCUCAGACGACGAGGCGCAAUCGCGCAAAGCCCAAAAGGACUUCUUCAAGUCGGCCGCCAGCUGGGAUCUCGAGGAAGACUACGAGUCCCGUCGCCGCAAGAGCAAGAAGGCCAACAAGGAGAGCACCAAGCUGCCCAUCAAGACCGCCGAUGGCCGAUUGGAGAUUCUGCGUGAGCUAGAGAAGGAGGAGGACCUGGUCUCUGUGGAGAGCGAUACGGAAUGGCUAGAGGGUCGGGAGGACGAUGCCGAGUCAGAAGACGAUGAGGAGGAGGGGGGGGAGGUACAAGAGGAGGCGCCCACCGUCUCCGAGGCUCAGCAGAUUCGAGAGGCGCAGGAGGAGCUGGCGAAGCUGGCACUGGCCUUGAACGAGAACCCGGAAGAGCACAUUGGCUCGCUCAAGUCUCUGGCGGCGUUUGGCGAGUCCAAGAUCCCAGCCAUUCGGAUGCUGGCCCUCAUGACGCAAAUGUCAGUGUACAAGGACAUCAUCCCCGGAUACCGCAUACGUCCCCAGACGGAAGACGGCCCGGCCGAAAAGGUGUCCAAGGAAGUCCGCACAAUGCGCCAGUUCGAACAGGCGCUGGUGUCGGGCUACCAGAACUACGUCAAGGAGCUGGCCAGGUGCGCCAAGGAAGAGUCAGCUCCGGUCAAGGGAGGGCAGAGCGUCGCCGGCAUUGCCGUGACAUGCGCCUGCACCCUGAUAGCGGCCGUGCCGCACUUCAACUUCCGGUCCGAUCUGCUGAGGACCCUGGUGAACAAGCUGAGCCGGAAGAGGAUCGACAGCAACGGGACCAAGUGUCUCCAGGCGCUGGAGACGCUGUUCCGCGAGGACGAGGACGGCAAGCCCACGCUGGAGGCCGUUUCCCUGCUCUCCAAGAUGAUGAAAGCGCGGGACUACGAAGUAGACGAAAGCGUCCUCAACCUCUUCCUCAGCCUCCGCCUCCUCUCCGAGUUCGCCGGCAAAGCCUCACAAGACACCGUCGAGCGCCCCGAGGCCAACAAGAUGCAGAAGAAGAAGCGCGAGUUCCGCACCAAGCGCCAGCGCAAGGCCAUCAAGGAGCAAAAGUCCCUCGAGAAGGACAUGGCCGCCGCCGACGCCCUGGUCGACCAUGAGGAGCGCGACAGGAUGCAGUCGGAGACGCUCAAGCUCGUCUUCGCCACCUACUUCCGCAUCCUCAAGAUGCGCGCGCCGCGGCUCAUGGGCGCCGUGCUCGAGGGGCUGGCCAAGUACGCCCACCUCAUCAACCAGGACUUCUUCGGCGACCUGCUCGAGGCGCUCAAGGACCUCAUCCGGCACAGCGACGACGACGCCGCCGCGGACCUCGCCGCCGACCACGAGGACGACGACAGCGUCUCCGUGCGCAACCUCACCCGCGAGGCCCUCCUCUGCACCGUCACCGCCUUCGCCCUCCUCGAGGGCCAGGACGCGCACAACUCCCGCAACACGCUCCACCUCGACCUCACCUUCUUCACCACCCACCUCUUCACCUCCCUCCUCACCCUCGCCGUCCACCCGGACCUCGAGCUGACCAAGCCCAACCGCUCCUCCGCCUCGUCCGCGUCCAGGAUCAACGUCCAGACCACCACCGUCCUGCUCAUCCGCUCCCUCAUCGCCAUCCUCCUCCCGCCCUGGAACAUCCGCUCCGUCCCGCCCCUCAGGCUCGCCGCCUUCACCAAGCAGCUCAUGACCGCCGCCCUGCAGCUGCCCGACAAGUCCUGCCAGGCCGCCCUCGGCCUGCUCAACGACAUCGCCGCCACCCACGGCAAGAAGAUUGCCAGCCUGUGGAACACCGAGGAGCGCAAGGGCGACGGCAGGCAUAACCCCCUGAGCGACACUGUCGAGGGCAGCAAUCCGUUCGCUGCGACGGUGUGGGAGGGCGAGCUACUGAAGAAGCACUUUUCGCCAAAGGUGCGAGAAGGGGUCAAGUUGUUAGAGAAGAGUUUGCCUUGA